AUGCCCACGUCGGUCACCACUACUUCGCCCAUAGCACUUGUGAAUCACCAACCCAUUACAUCUGCCCCUGUUCUGCAUCAGCCUGGUACCCCGCCCAACCCGCCAGCACCCUCGGGAGUAUCAACGACAUCAACAACGGUGAUCAAUACUACGUCACGAAAGUCUGCAGUGGGCUUCUACCUAGGGCGAAUCAAGAAGCUGAUGAAGUCGCCCGACAUUUCGACUGUCAUCCUGAGUACGAUGAUCGCCAUCAUCUUUGGGGUCCCUACCUGGCUUGGCCUUCGCCUAGCAGCAUGGACAAGCAAGAAAGACUUCUACAUGCUCUGUCUGGAAAAGAUGGACUACGAACGCUCAGCAGACUGUACUGCUGCAUUGAACACCGAUGGUGAAUAUGUACAGUCUAGCUGGCUGGGAUCGUUAGACGCUAUCACAAUCAUUGUCAUCUCAGCUGCAGCAGUCACGAUACUCGUCGCGAUGUUGAGUAUAUGUUUUCCAACUGGACCUCGAAUUGUUACCUCGCCGUUAUUGGCUCACACUAGCUCAAUGGACUUGGAGUACACCGGACACUACCACAAAGACUUCGACACGGCUUCAAUUGGAGGCCAAGAGCAGGAAGUCAUGAUGCUGCUCGACAACAACGCCAACGUCAACGCGCAGGAUGGAGCCUACAUCAACGGACUCUACGCAGCUUCAGAGAAAGGCCAGGAGCAGAUAGUCAAGAUGCUGCUCGGCAAAGGCGCCAACGUCAACGCGCAGGGUGGAGAGUACGGCAACGCACUGCAGGCAGCUUCGGCUGGAGGCCACGAGCAGGUGGUCAAGAUGCUGCUCGACAAAGGCGCCGAC